AUGCCUACAACAAUUGCAACACUUAUUAAACACAACAAAAAUCUAAAUAAAUAUAAACUUACACUACAAGAAAAAUCAGAUCUUCAAACCAUAACACAAUUUUUUAAACCAUUUUAUAAAACUACUAAUGUUCUUUCUGGCAGCACAUAUACGACUCUAGGCAUUUCAAUUCUACUAAUUGAUAGCAUUGUUGAUACUAUUUCAUUGCAUAUUCAGAAUUCAACAAGUUCAGAAUUUCUAAAAACAGCUGCAAUCCAAAUGUCAGAUAAAAUUCAAAAGUAUUCAAAUGAGAUCUAUGAUAAGACAGCCUUUAUAGCAGCUAUUCUCGAUCCUCAAAUUAAACUAGAGCUAAUGCCUGAUAAUAUGAAUACUAAAGCAAAUAGUGCUAUUUUUAAUAAUAUUUUUAAAACACAAUAUUCUGCACUUACUUUAAAUAAUUCGUCUACUAAUUUAAAAAUGUUGAAUUUAACAUAUACAGAACAAAUUGCUCAGAAAAAAUGA